AUGACAUUCACACCUUCAAUUGCCCCCUUGGACGCUUCCAAGACUGUCCUCGAACUGACAACGAAACCGAAGCCGGUGCCUGCACCUAAUUCACCAGAGGUCGCCUCCAUUACGGCUUACACCGAUCACAUGCUUCUGGUAUCAUGGAAUGCGAAGCACGGUUGGGAUACCCCGAGAAUAGUGCCAUACGGGCCUAUUUCACUGGAACCAGGGGCGAGUAUUUUCCAAUACGCUACCAAUUGCUAUGAAGGCAUGAAGGCGUUUCGCGGAUUUGAUGGUCGACUUCGUCUCCUACGGCCAAUGUACAACUGCGAGAGGAUGCUUGCAUCCGCAACCCGAAUUUCUCUUCCAAUUUUUGAGCCUGAGGAGUUGCUCAAGCUUAUAAAGAAGAUAUGCUCUGUCGAAGCCCCAAAGUGGCUUUCAAAGGAUCAAGCUGGUUCUGCUUUGUAUAUCCGCCCAACCAUGAUCGGCACCGAUACCAGUCUGGGAGUUAAAGUUCCUGAGCAGGCUCUGCUUUGCAUUUUCCUUACAUAUUGGCCCAAUCCCUAUCAGCAAGUAUCGGGAGUCACACCGAAAUUGGGCUCAAGGUUGCUGGCAAGCAGCGGCCAUUCAGUCCGAGCAUGGCCCAAGGGCACAGGAGAAGCAAAGAUCGGGGCGAACUAUGGCCCUGCGCUGGUUGAACAUGCUGAAGCUCGUAGGCGCGGCUAUGAUCAAAUCCUGUGGCUCUUUGGACCUGAUAGGCACAUCACUGAGGCUGGCGGCAGUAAUAUUUUCGUAAUGUGGUGGACUUCCGAAGGCGUACUUCAGCUCAUUACGCCACCUUUAGACGAGGAUAAGCUGAUAUUGGCUGGAGGAACAAGAAGAAAUCUGCUGGAGCUGUCUCGAGACAUGUUUGCUGUGGACGAAGAAAAUGGCGCUGCGAGAUGUGAAGUACUGGAAAGGAAGAUAACCAUGUUUGAGGUGCAGCAGGCGGCUGAUGAAGGGCGACUUGCUGCUGUGUUUGUGGCGGGAACUGCCUUUUGGGUGUAUCCUGUCGCAGAGAUAUGCUUCAAUGGGCGGGAUAUAAUGGUUGAUGUUGGGAGGGUGCCGCAUGUGGCGAUGCUGAGAAGCAGGUUGGAGGACAUUGUGUAUGGUAGGGAGGAAAGUAGUUGGGUUGAUAUUGUGGAAGAGAACUAG